UUGGAACAUAAAACUUUCAAUGCCUUCCGAUCGACUCAUCACAAUGCUGUUACUAAACUGCACAGGUUACGGUGGAUUGCGGAAUGACGUUCUGUUCAUCGGUCGUCCUGGACCGGCGUCUUCGAAUGUUGUUUAUAUCGGAGGAGAUAUACAGGAUACCGAGUGCAACAUGCAGAACCAGCCAGCAAAACGAGCAUUCAUCAACUGGAGUCUCGAGGCCACGGGCCGUCUGCUUGUCGAAAGAUAUGCUCUCCAAGGGCGGAACAUUCACCUAUGGAUGAUUCGACCCUGUCAAUGGGUUUCUAAUGUGUUUGCGAGCUAUCGCAACUUUGUUUCAGUGGACCCCAACGGGAAUCCCAUUCUGAGCGACUCAAUUCCUACAAAAUCUGACCUUGUGGAGCACUUAUCCGGUCUGGUUGAAGACGCCGCGAUGAAGCUGCAGAACCAACAGCCAGAAAUCGCUUCCCGAUUCGAAGGCACCCCGGUAACUGUGAUUGGAUUCAGCAAGGGAUGCUGCAUUCUAACCGGUCUGUUGUACAUUCUCUCGGCUUGCAAGCCGUACACUCUGCGAGAAUCUGGUCUACUUGUACCCUCGGACGGCGCUAAGCGCUUUCUUUCCAAUAUUCGCGCUUUGUAUUGGCUGGAUGCCGGACAUUCGGGGGUGGAACAUCAGUGGCCCACAUCCGAGGCAAACCUCUCCGUUCUGCGUCGCAGUGCGUGUCCUGAACUACAUGUCUACGCUACACCAUACCAGGUUGAAGAUAAGCUCCGUCCUUGGAAGGCGCACGACUAUCACACGUUCAUCGGGUUGCUUGCCAAGUAUGCUCUACCCCACAAGCAUGCUGUACUAUUCAAGGAUGAGCAAACAAAACGGAAAGAACAACUACCAGAUACAGCUGACAUACAAACACACUUUUCUAUUCUUAAGCAUUUUCUCCUGUGAUUUUCUGACUUCUUUGUGACUUCGUUUCUUCCCGGUUUGUUGGAAAUAUAAUUAGAGAUUGUGA